AUGUACGAACCUCGAAGGAGUGAUGUCGGAGGCGGGGCUUCUGGUGAGGGCACGUCUGGAGGAAGUGAUGAUGCCAAGGAAGCAUCUCCUGCAGUCCAUUUGACUCCUCAAACGGUUGCCGGUCAGAAGAAGAGGCGAGGAGGUAAUCGCCGGAUUGGAUCGGCUGGCAAGGCUACCGACGAGGAUGACGAGUGCUUUGAGAUCAUCACGUCUGACCAAAAACGCUGGGAAUUUUGUGUGGCAGCCGAUGAGCGUGAUGCAUGGGUGGCAGCAAUCGAGGAACAAAUCGAGAAGGCACUUCAAAACCAGAUGAGCAAGCCAAGUACGAGAGCCCGCGGUGAUAGAGAAGAGGUGUUAGCGUUACGUCAACUGCCCGGCAAUGAUCGUUGCGCGGACUGUGGCCAGUUGUCGCCAGAUUGGGCAAGUCUCAACCUUGGCAUUUUGAUAUGCAUCGAAUGUUCUGGAACGCAUCGUAAUUUAGGAUCACAUAUUUCACGGGUUCGAUCUUUGGACUUGGAUGCAUGGCCUGUGGAGUUCCUUGCAGUGAUGCAGGCAAUUGGCAAUGAUGCUGCUAAUCGUCUCUGGGAACAUCAUGCUCCGUCCGACCGGCGUCCUCAACCAGAUAGUCCACUCGAAAUGAAGGAGGCAUGGAUUCGCGAUAAAUACGAGUCGAAGCGGUUCUUGCCAUCUUUGCGUGUCGAUGCCACCGUUGGCGCACAACUCGUCAGCGCAGUGAUCGCACGCGACGUUGCCGAAGUGUCAUUGUUGCUGGCUCGAGCGUCUCCAGAAGACGUGAACACGACGGUGUCCGGAACUCGAGAUCGUCGAUCGCCACUCCAUCUGGCUUGCAGUAUUGGCAGCUUAGCUAUUUUGCAGUUAUUGCUAUGGAAUAAUGCAGACAUUCGUGCCCUAGACGAACAGGGACGUUCUGGUCUUUGGCAUGCUCGUAACAGCGGUUUCAAGGAAUGUGCUGAUAUGCUACUCACUGCGGGUCUUGACACGAAUUACGGUAUGCCGACACAAUCGACUCGAAACUCCACCCAUUCACCUCCACUUCCUGAGGUUCGUUGCUGUUUAAAUCUGUUAUAUUCAUAA